CUGGGAACACAGAGAAGUGUUCCAACGCCCAGGCGGCUCUCACUGCGACUGGAUCCAGCACGCGUCGACGGAGCGCCGAUCGUCAAAGUUCGUUACGAUUCGGAGCAAAACGAUCGUAAGUCCUCGGGCUGUGCCCCGCGCCUGCGGGCGGCGCCGCGGCGCCUGUUCCCCGCGUCACCCGCCUCCUACUAUACAACACUGACCAAGCCUUUCGGGAAAUUCGACUAA